ACGUGCCCCAACGGAACAAACCCUUGAGAGCAGAGCGGCUGCACUGCGGUACCAACCCAACCCCAGGCACCAAAAACCCCAGCCCACGCCGCGGGGGCAUUCCCGCAAACACCUCGCCGGCGGAGCGCCGCGCCCCCGAUGGCCGGAUCCGACCUCCCGUACACCGGCUCCGUCGGCGGCGGGAUCUCGCCCCCGCCGCGGACCCCGCCGUCGGCGUCGAGGAAGCGCAGGCGCGGCGACAGCGACGACGGGGCGCCGCGCUCGCUGCCGACCCGCGCGACCCGGGGCUCGGUCGCGGCGCGGGAGGCCGCGGUCGGCGCGGUGCGGACGGCGCGGCGCGCGGCCGCGGGGGCGUUGUGGGCGGCCAUGGCGGGGCGGGGCCGCGGACGCGGCCUCGGCGACGUGGGGCGGAUGCGGGAGGUGCUCCUCGCGGCGCGCCGCGCGCGCUACGCCCGCGUCGACGACGACGGCUACCCGUACCCGCAGGAAAGUAGGAGUUCGGAGAGGGUAAAUUGUAAGAUCAGCUACUUAUCGAAUUAUCCGCUGAAACGUGUUAGAACAGACCCUGUCGAGCAUCAAGCUUCUGUCCCUGAGUGGAAAGAUGCUCCAUCUGUGGAAUAUACUGAUGAUUACAAAGCUGCAACCUUACCAAAACUGGGCACAGUUGUCUAUCCACUAAACAUGGAUAUCUCAGCAACUAACAAGUCAGAGAAGAAGAGGAAAAGAUUGGUAGACAAGUGUAAGUGUUCUUGUCCUGGAUCUGAGGACUGUGUACGAGUUCACGUAAAGAAGGCAAGGAGCUGGAUCAAGGAUCAGUUGGGUGAGGAAGCUUUCAAAAACUGUGGGCUAGAUGCAAUGGGUGAGCAAGUUGGAGAGCAAUGGACCACAGUUUUCAAAAGGAAACUUGAAAAAGUUGACAAGUUGAUUCCUCAGAAUAAACAUCAGAAAUUCAUGGAGAUUGCCUUGAAGGAGCUCGGACAGAAGGAAACAAAGGAUUUGGCGAAGUAUUACUACAAUGUUUUUCUUCCCAGAAGAUUGGCAAGCUUGACCAGGGCAGAGCAUAAAAAGGAUGAAGCUGUUGAUACGAGUGAUGAAAAGAGUGAUCAAGAGGAUGGUGAGAAUGAACAUCAUCCUCGAAAGAAAAGCAAAAAAAGCUCUGGAUCUUCUUCCACAAGGUGCAAGAAGUAGAAGAGUCAGAGGAAUUCGACGAGUGGGCCAACAGUUACGUUGCAGUGGAAGAAGAAUUAACAGUUUUGUUCCAGUGGAAGAGGAAUUAACAGUUUUACUGCAGUAGAAGAAGAAUUAGGAAACUUGAGAAAGCGGGUUUACGUGAUAAGAGUUUGCAGUGGAUCAAGACUGAUAUCCGGACCCAUGCAGUCGCAGAUCUCCAGCGGUCGUAUAAGUACGAGAUUCUUAUCAUAGUUACCGGUGAUGGGCAUCCUAAGCAGGUUUCACCGUCACCACAACAUUUGAUGUAAACAUGUGUUCAUGAGUUCGCUUCAUUUUUUAUUUGUUGUUGAUGUAAUGUGCAUGGCACAAAGGAGAGAAGGGAAGUGAUAUAUGCAGAGUGGGCAUAGAGUCUGUCCAGAAAUGCAUUUAGGUAUUCUUUUGGCAUGUCCUGAAACCUAAAUCUGUAGAUGUGGGUUGUUCUGUUGGUCUUAUAAUUACAGAUUUUUGGGGAAUGUCGAAUACAUGCUUGAGUUUGGAUCA